AAAAAGCCCAAAAUAUGUCCCCCAGAGGACCUCUCAACCGUCUUUUUGGGCUUCGACGACGUCUUUAGAAUUAAUGAAAAGCUCUUACAGGACCUCUCCAAUUUGAUGAACCACGUCAACCACAAAAGUCUCGAUGCGGAUUUGGGAGAGGCGCUCUCGGAGUUUGUUCCGCUCCUUUCGAGCUACAAAAUGUAUGUUGGGCACAGCGAGACGCAAUUUGCAGUGUUGGACAAAUUGGAAGCCAAAAAGCAGUUUAAAGAGCUUUUGGUGGCUCUCCAGUCGAAAAUCACUGUUGGGCACGCACUCAAUUUGCGGGCGUAUUUGAUCACUCCCGUGCAACGCUUGCCAAGGUAUAAACUCCUUUUGGAGGACUUAAUUAAUCACACGCCAGAAGACCAUUUGGAUCUUAAACGACUUAAAAAGGCUUUAGAGAAGGUCAAGGAGAUCAAUGUGAAUAUCAACAAGUCGGUUGAUGUGACGAGUCGACAAGUCAAGUUGGUAGAAUUAGCGAAGAAACUUAAAAUAGUUGAUUUAGUGCAGGCGGACAGAUAUUAUGUGAGAGACGACGAGAUGAUAUUCAUAUCGAAUCGAGGGAAGGAAAAGCGCCACUUUUUCUUAUUCAACGAUCGACUGGUAGUGACGAAGUACGCCGAUUUCAAAAUCAAAUUUGACGAGAAGCUGUGUCGUGUGAAUAUCGAAGACGACUCGGACCAAAGCUUCAACGUGUAUUCGGCGAUGUUAAGUUUUGAAGUGCUGUGUACAUCAGAGGAACAGAAGAGGGAGUGGGUGAACAAAGUCGUUGAAUUGAUAGCGAAGUUUGACACGAGUUUAAGUCGGAAGAAGGAGAAGAUCGAGUACGCGCCACUGUGGCUUCCGAGUGAUAUUGAGAAGUGCCAGAUCUGUGGGAAGAGCUUCAAUUUUAUGAAUAGAAAACAGUUUUGUAUUCACUGCGGGUUGUGUGUGUGCAACGGAUGUUAUAAAGGGCGAUUUGUGUUCAACGGAGUGAAUAAGAGAGGGUGUGACAGAUGUAUGAAAAAGGCGCUGACAAUGAACAAAAUUGUUGUUGAUGACGAAGUCUGCAGAAGAAAGUCGAUUGUGAUGAAGUCAAAUAAAGAAGAUAAUAUCAUUCUAAGACUCGACGGAGUCGAUCUCCAACGUAUUCGCUCAAAUGCAAACGCCAGAAAGAAGUUGCCGGCGUUCGAGAAGAAGAAUGAAAACGUGAAAAAGAACGAGACGGAGAAGAGCGUGCAAUGUGAAGAAGAUGAAAACUUAAAUCAGUUGCAAAAUUCAGUCGAAAAAGAUGAAAAAGAGGGACUUAAGGAGAAGACUGUUGACACAAGCAAACAACUCAUUGUAUCAGAAACACUCCCUACAGAAAGUCAAAACACAAAUAUCGAAAAAGUCGAAAAAAGCUGA